CUUUAACAUUGUUAUCUUUCCAAAGGCGAUUUAUUUAAAAUGUAGAAUUGAAUAUUGACGAUUAAUUUCCAUCAGAAUUGAUAAUACCAAAAUGUUUCCCGAACCUGACGACUUCGGAUUAAACUUUUAUGAGUUAUUCAGAGUAAUUCCUGAAUUAAAGAAGAAAAUAGAAUGGAAAAAACACAAAAACCAUAAAUCUCUUAAAGGAAAAGAAAAUCGAAAGCCUAAGCUUGAAAUUGUCGGAGAAGUGCCUCCAGAAAUUGAAAUUGCUGGAAAUGCCUCUAGUUUUGCAGUUUUUUCCACAGUACGGCUGGCAGUACUUGAACGAUGGAUGAAAGAAGCUAACGAUUUGUACUUAACAUCAUCUAGCAGUGCUCCACCACAGUCUUCUUCAACUUAUGAUAGUGAAGAGGAAACUCUACAUCCUGCACCACAACCACCAAAAAUCCCUAAAAUUGUUGGUGUUGGACUGAGAAGUGUUUUUGAAUUAAUACGGGAAAGUAGAACUAGUUAUCCUGCUUUGUGUACUAAAGCUCUAAGUGCACUCUUGGAUGUUGUCCAGGGACAUCAACCUGAAGCUUUAAAACUUGAACCACCAGAAGUUGUUGAGCCACUCAUGGAAUUACUUCUUGAGCUAGCUACAAUGUCUCAUGAAGCCACUAAUGAUGCAUCGCAUCUUACAUCUGUUGCUUGUUCCUGCCUCAUUGCCCUUGUAAUAGCAAGGGGAGACACAGGAAAACUUCUCAGUGCACUUGCUGCAUUGCUUAUGUGCCCUCAGUUUCUUGCUGUUCAACCUAUUCAUAUGCCUAAUAUCCUUGGAUCACUUCAAAAAAGUGUCUUGGGAGUUAUUCUAGGCAAAACUGUUGCUCCAGAUUGGAUAACUCAUGGAGUCCCUCACUCAUCCUUACUAUCAACUUACCAAAUACUUCAUCCAGAACUGAGAACAUCAGAACACUGUGAGAAUGAGAAAGCAUUGUCGAGCGAUGGAAAAUAUCUGUAUAUACACACUAGCAGUGGUUUAUUCAAGAUAGGCUCUGGUUAUGGUGGUACUCUUAGAGGACAUGUUUAUGCACAGAAUAUGGAUUAUUUUCCUGAAAAAACUGGUUGGCUUGGAUAUGCAAAUGGAAAACUAUACUUCCGUGUUAUAAGAUCUGGAGAAAGAGGCGAGCUUCUUGAAAUCAAUCGAGAUACUCUUUCUGUCAAAGAAGUUGGACGAGUAGACUGCCCAGGUGUCAUGUUUUCUGAUGGUGAUCAUUUAGGAAUUGUAACACCAAGUAAAGAGGAUGGAUUUGUUGUCCGUAGUAUUAAUCCUUCAACUACACCAUUUACUUAUAUAAAUGAGCUUCCAUUAAAAUUAGCUCGGAAAUGUGUUGUUGUGUUUGGAUAUGCUGUGUUUGACGAAGAAACUUCACUACAUGAUCUGAAUACUGGUGUUGAAGAAGAAAUAGCUAAUGUUGUCUCUGGCAAAGAAUUUUCAUUAAUUAGAACUACCACAGGAAAAGUUUUGUUUAGUGGUAAGGCAAGUAGUCUUGGCUUUAAACAGGGAGGUAAAGGGAGUUUUGGAAAAUGGUCUGAACUUGUUAUACCAAAAGGUCCAAAGAUUUGUCAGGUUGUCGCUGGUCAUGAUGGUCUUCACGCUGUUUUAGUUGCCGAAGAUGGCAGUGUUUACUUUGUUGGAACAGCAAGAAGAGGAGAGGAUGGUGAUCAUAGUAAAGUCCGUCGUCAGCCUAAAGCCGUGAAGCCUAAGAAAAUCAUGAAAGUAGAAGGCUACGUAAUUAUUAAUGCUGCCUGCAAUAAUGGUACAACUGCACUGGUCACCAAGAAUGGGGAACUACUCAUGUUUGGAAAGGACACCUCUCAUAGUGAUCCUAGCACUGGACUUGUCACAGAUUUAAAGAAUUUACAUAUAACUCAAGUCGCCUUAGGUAAGGCUCAUGCAGUAGCUGUGACAAACAAAGGCCACUUGUAUACAUUUGGUAUUAACAAUAAAGGGCAGUGUGGGAGAGAAUUCAUACCCCAAGUAAAAGAAGCUACUAUUGUUGCAAUGGAAACGGCUGUGGAAGAAGAAGGAAUUGAAGACGAAGAGGCUGAAUGGGGUGAUGAAGGAGGUGUUUGUCCUCCCGGACAGCAUAAAUGGAAGCAUGACUUAUGUAUGGUGUGUACUGUAUGCAGGGAAUGUACGGGUUAUGGAAUAAGUUGUCUCAGUAGUAUGCGUCCUGACAGAAUACCUGGACAGGAAUGUGGGUGUGGAGAGGGAGACUCUGGCUGCUCUCAGUGUGGUGCCUGUAAAUUAUGUGCAAAUGGUGAAAGUGUUGAUAAUUCAGAAAUGGCAAUAUUAGGACCUAGUGGAGCGAGUGACAUUGCUGACAUGAUGAGAUUGGAUCUUAUUUUUGGAGGAAGACCAGGGGGCAGAUUCCAGGACCAUCUUCAGUACAGGUUAGAAGAGAGAAAACAGCGCCAAAGAGCCAAAUUAGCAGCCAAGCAUUCUGCUUUAAAGAUGAAAGGUAGUUCUAAUAACCGUGUUACUUGUCUUCCAUCACAGGCAAAAGUUCUUUUUUCUUGCAAAACCUCAAUACCAACAGCAUCGACAAGUCAUAUUAAUAUUGAAGGAGUACAGCCUGUUAACAAGGAGGGUGUUGGCAGUGAUGUUGAACGGGAUGCAAGUAGGGUUACAUCUCUACCUCCUGCUAGAGUGCAUUUGCCUACUGAAAGCCCAGUUAUACAAGUGGCUUGUGGACUCCACCAUACAGUUGUGCUUGUUCAAAGUGGUGAUGUUUAUACAUUCGGAAGCAAUAGUUAUGGUCAACUUGGUGUUGGUGACAUGAUGGUGCGUGGCGGUCCAGUUCACGUCAAAGUUCCCAUGGCUGUGUCUCUUAUUGCAGCAGGCAGUAACCAUACUGUUAUCAUGACUAUGAAAGGUCAAGUCUACACUUUUGGAUCACAUCAG